AUGAUCAAAAACCGUUCGCUUCUCCCUUCCUCUCCUCUCUUUAAACUGAGAAAGAAGAAAGAAGGACCGAGUCUUGCAGAUCUGCUGCUUCAGAUUCAUCGAGUUGGGUGCUGCUUCCUUCUGUUUGCCAAUGAGUCUCUUGAAUAUUUUGAGAGAGCCGUAGGGCCACAUUUUGAUGGUUAUUUAUAUCCAUAUAGAAAUGUGCCAUUGGUAACAGGUAGGUUGAGUCAGACCAUUCAGGGAGGUGGUAAGAGACGGUUGUUCGCUAUUUGCAAUUAUGUAAAACAGCGACUUCUGUUUCCUGUCCAUAAGUGGGCAAUGGAAGUUCUAUCUCGUAUUUCAACGGAUGGGACUUUCGACCAAGAGCGUCCCUUGCUGAAAUUGAGAAGAGGAAAGAAGAAUGAAUGUUAUUCCUUUGACUUGAAAUCGGCAACGGACCGUUGGCCAUUGAGUGUUAUGUAUUCCCUUAUGUCUUGUAUGUUUGGGUCUACAUUUGCAUCUUCAAUAGUCAACAGCUCUUUGGGUCUCAACACCUUUAUGGUUGGGAAACCAAUCACUAAAAGAAUGUAUGAGAUUGCAUUUCUUUGUGGUCAGCCGUUAGGUUACUACGGAUCAUGGUCUCUCUUUUCGUUGUCCCAUCACUAUAUAGUGUGGUUAGCGGCGAAGAAAGCAUACCCGCAUCUUAAUCGUCCAUUUAAGGACUACGCUUUGUUAGGUGAUGAUAUCCUAAUCACCGAUAAACAAGUGGCCCUGCAGUACAGAAAAUUACUGGAUCGGCUCGGCGUUACUAUUUCUGAUGCUAAGUCUAUCGUAUCGGACACUGGUGCCGUUGAGUUUGCCAAGAAGUUUUGGGUUAAAUCGAUGCAAAUUGAUUUAUCUCCAAUAUCUUUAAGGUUAUUAUUGUCCUGUAGGACAACUCUUGGACUCUGCACUGUGUCGAAUAAGUAUCCGAUAGGAAUAUCGGUUUUACAAAGAUUAGGCGGUGCUGGUUUUAGAGUUCGUUCGCGUCUUUAUUCUACCCAAUCUAAAAGAUGGGAAAGAUUGAAGGCGGCUGCACAAAAGCCAAACCGGUCACAUCCACUACCUCUAGAAUAUUGGAUUGGAAGAGGGAAGCCUCUCAAUCCUUAUCUGAAGGGGAAGAUAGUGGAUUUUCUCCGAAAGGAAUUAAAACCUAAGGAGAUACGUCUCUUCCCUGAAGAGAUGGUGUUCGAUAAAGAAAGGGAUAUCUUAGAGCACACUGUAAUCCACAAUUGGGUUAAAAUGUGGCUCAAAUGGUGUUCCUGGUAUUAUACGGUUGCGUUGUCUGAGGAUGUAUCCUUAGAUCAACUUAUGGAUGUUCCUAUGUGUAGCACAACUUGGAGAAGGUCAACUAAAGAUCUGGAUAUGAUCAAGUUCGGCCUAAUCUGGAAGUGUUAUGAUAUGGGAGCUGGUUGGGAUUUGACGACUACGCCAAGGUAUUUGUUAGAUCCUGAUACAGUAAUCCAGUUUAAUCGAUGGAUAUAUGGCGGUUAUAAAGGGUGCUGCUUCCUUCUCCUAGUUUUGUGUGUCUUUUUCGGCGAUCUCAAUGUAUUUCAGAUUCUGCUUUCAUCUUCAGAUGAAGGAGACAUCAUUAGCUCACUUGUCUUGGUUUAG